CUACGUAACGUUCCAGAAGUGACGUCGGCGGAAGUUAAAAACGUAUACAAGGAAAAUGGCGUCCCCCGGCGACGCAACGCUGGAUACCUCACACGUGGGUAAAAAUAAGGUCCCAGCUCGUUACUGGCUGGAGCUGCAGAAGGAGGGAAAAGAUGAAGCUGAAGUUGGAAAAGACGCAGAACCGAGUAGGAAGCGUCUGCGACGGAAGGAGAAAAAGAAGGAGAAAAUGAAGGAGAAAAAGACACAGAAAGCCAAGAAAAUGAAACAAGAAGACACGCUUGUGAAGCAAACGAUAUCAGGGAAAUCAGACCCCUUCCCUGGGCCUGCUCCGAUUUCACAGGACCGGGUGCGGAAAUUCAAGAGGAAAACUAAAACUAAAAGAUCCGGGAGCGUAGGUAACAAGCUGAGAGACGUGAUAUCCCGCUCUGAAGAAGCCUCAGAAAUGGCCCAGAAGCAAUCUGCCCGGUUUGAUCUCCUACUCCCUGAGGAUGCUGGGUUUCUAGAAGGUGAUGAAGAUGAGGACACGUGUACAAUCUCUCAGGAAGAUAUUGCAGAUGCUGUGGAUAUAACAUCUGGAGCAAAGUAUUUCAACCUGAAGCUGUCUCAGUUUGGACCAUAUCGAGUAGAUUACAGCAAGACUGGGCGUCACCUGCUGCUCGGUGGGAGGAGAGGCCACGUUGCUUGCGUCGACUGGCAGUCCAAACAGCUAAUGUGUGAAAUAAAUGUGAUGGAGUCCGUCAAUGAUGUGAAGUGGCUUCAUAGUGAGGCCAUGUAUGCAGUGGCUCAGAAGAAGUGGCUCUAUAUCUAUGACACCAAUGGAAUAGAGCUUCACUGCAUACGCAAAUUCAACGACGUCCUCCGUAUGCAGUUCCUCCCGUACCAUUUUCUGCUCGCCACAGCAAGCGCUACAAGCUUCCUGCAGUACCUGGACGUGUCCGUGGGGAAGGAGGUCGCAGCCAUCUGCACAAAGACCGGUCGGCUUGACGUGAUGUGCCAGAAUCCCCACAACGCCAUCGUCCACCUCGGCCACCACAACGGCACGGUCACUCUCUGGUCACCCAACCAGAAGGAAGCACUCGUCAAGAUGCUCUGUCAUCAGGGUGGCGUGCGAUCAAUCGCUGUAGACAAGACCGGCACAUACAUGGUGACAUCUGGAAUGGAUAAAAAGCUGAAAGUGUUCGACAUUAGAACAUUCAAGCCACUCAAUUCUUACUUCCUGCCUGCCGGAUCUUCCUGUCUGUCGCUGAGCCAGAAGGGGCUGCUGUCAGCUGCCACUGGAGACGUUGUUCAGGUUUACAGGGACGUAUGGAGCACUACAGUGACCAAACCCUACAUGGCUCACAGAGUUCGUGGAACAGUUUGGGGGCUACACUUCUGCCCCUUUGAGGAUGUCCUCGGGGUGGGGCAUGGAGACGGUUUCACCAGCAUGCUUGUGCCAGGUGCAGGAGAGCCUAACUUUGAUGGUCUGGAUGCAAAUCCAUACCGUAGUGCAAAGCAGAGGCAGGAGUGGGAGGUUAAAGCCCUACUGGAGAAGAUCCAACCAGAGCUCAUCAGCCUCGACCCCCACGAGCUGGGACAGGUCGACAAUGCCGCCUUUGAGCAGCGGCAUCAAGACAGGGUCCAAGCUCUGGGCUUUGAUCCACUGGCCAAAGCGAAAUUCAUUCCCAAGUACAAGAAAAAAGGCAGGAGUUCUGCUGGCAGUGUGGAAAGACGCAAGAAACAAGUGGCUCAUGAAGACCAGAGGGAUGUAAUCAGGGAAACUAUGGAGGACAAAAUGAAGAUCGAAGAAGAGAGAAGGCAGAGGGAGAAGAAGGCGGCUGUGUUAUCAGGCCAGAAAUCUGCUUUGGACCGAUUCAAAAAGUAGAAAAGGAGAAUCCUUUGUGCAGCUAAAAGCCAGUGACAUUCUGCCAGAAUGACUUUUGAACUUCAUAUAAAGCAUUCUUUCAGACACAUUUCUCCGCUGCCGGAACAAAAACACAUCAACUGCACAAAUCCAGGAUGAAGUCCGCUAAAAGGGACUAACUGUGAGGGGCGGCCAUUCAUUUGUAAUCAGAGUUGAGUGCUGUGCUAGGACAGUUCUGUUCAAUGCCUCUGGCCCGAAGCACUUUCUGUCUGCAUGGGUGGACAAUUUGAGAUGCCGUGGCUGGUGUGGGCGCAGUGGUUGUCAAAUGUUUAUAUUAAUAUGCUGAAGUAAAAAAUGUUACCAAGCCUCUAUAUUAUUCACAGUGCUAUUCAUUCUCCCAAAAGCAUGUUCAGACUACUCUAAAUAUGCAGAAACCAUGUUGAGUCAGAGUUUAACUACACUUACCGUAACAGCCUGGAAUCCCACCCAGUGCAUUCAUUUUGAAAGAUUUAGUUGCCCAUUGAUUAGGAAAAAUUACAACAUCUGAACAGAGGGAUGUAAAAGAGCAACAGCUACUAGAAUUAUCUAUUAAAGUGAAAUUCUGUUGAAUUUAAACAACCACUCAAGGAUUGCUGGUAGUAUUGUGCCGCCAACUUUUUCAUUGUCUCAAAUGUUUUUACAUUGUCACGUCCUCAGUUGACUUCAAUGUGAAUGUUUGUGAUUUAAGCUCUGAAAACUGGCCCCUGUAACACAAGAGAGUAUUGCUCUAAUGUUCUGUGUUGAAUUCACAAAUACUCCUUUCUCUUAAUAAAAUGUAAAGUUUGA